AUGGCUUCCUUUGAAUUUCAUAACGUCAAGGCUGAGAAAGAAGAUGCUUUAUGGAGAUACAACAUGGAGAAGAAGUUGAAGAUCGUGCUCCGCUUAACCGGAUUUUUGUUGGCUUUGAUUUUGUUGUCAUGGUCGUGGUUCUCCACUUUGAUCCCUGGCACCCUCGUGGUCGUCGGAUAUUUUCUCGGCCGUUUCGUCUCUACUUUUAACGAACCUCUCUUUACUUUCGUCCUUGCAAACUUCAUAAUCGUGGUUAUUUAUAUAUUAUCCAGCCAAAAACAGACCCAGAAACAAUCUACCAGCACUGACAUCUACUAUGAGUACGUCUGCAGUUCACGCCGGAAUAUACCAACACCCGCCGCAUCCACGGUGGCUCCGGCAACGGAAGAGACCGUGAUGGACAAACAAAUUAUCUUUGAAGUAAAUGCGACUCCUCUUUCUUCUGAAAAGCAGCUAGAAACGACAGUUGAUACUGAUACAAUUAGAGAGACAAACACUCCUAUCUCACCAGUUAAACAACUUACAACGACGACAAAGCCGGCCGUGUCUUCAGCUGAAUUGAAGGAAAAGGAAUACCGAAGAACUCGAUCAAUGGUUUCGGAAUCUCGAAACCAGAUGCCCAUGGAGCUUCGGAGAUCCAAGACGGUUAUCGACGGCGGAAAGAUGGUGACCUCAAGUAUAGAGCCGCGGACGAAAUCAAUGGACGAAAUGAGCAGCGAAGAGUUUCAGCUGAUUAUAGAUAGCUUCAUUGCUGAAAACAGCCCCAUUACACUAGGAGACAAGUGA